UCUUGUUUCUCUCUUCACCACCACCCCCCACCCCCCAAAAAAAAAAGCUAUCAGUUUAACACGUGGGAAUUUGUCGUCACAACUUCUUGAACUCUUUCCAUUAGUUACAACUGGAAAGUAAGCUUUAUCUGAUUGCAUGUUGGAUGGAAACCUCGGUCAGUGGCUGAAGGGUACUUGAAAUGUACUCAUUAAAUAUGGGGAAGAAAAAGGCGAUGAAGAGCAGGAGUUGUGAAGCUUUGCUCCUAAUGGGCAUCCAAGAAUUGAGCUGGUUGCACUGCUGUUGAAAUAACAGCUUAAACACCGGGAAUAUAGAAUUUAUGAAAAAAGAAGCAUAAAGGAUGGACAAGCAAGACAGCGCUGACCUUAAGUCCCCCAAAUCUUGGAUCGAAGAGGCCUUCAGUAAAAGAGAAUGUGCACAUAUUAUUUCCAGUUCAAAAGAUCCUCACAGAUGUCCUGCAGGAUGCCAGGUGUGCCAGAAUUUAAUCAGAUGUUGCUGUGGACGGCUGAUUGGAGAUCACCCAGGAAUAGACUAUAGCUGGCCUGUUUGUCAGGCUGCCCCACAGAGAGAUGAUGGAGAAUGGUCUGUGCAAAGACACACAAAGACAAGUCCAACAGAUGCAUUUGGUACAAUCAAUUUUCAAGAUGGAGAUCACACUUACCAUGCCAAGUAUAUUAGACUCUCUUAUGAUAGCAGCUUGGAUCAGCUGUUGCACCUCAUGGUUAAAGAAUGGCAGAUGGAGUUGCCAAAGCUAGUGAUCUCUGUUCAUGGAGGCAUUCAGAAUUUCAGGCUUCCCUCGAAGGUCAAGCAGGUGUUCAGCAAAGGAUUGGUGAAGGCUGCUGAGACUACAGGAGCAUGGAUAAUUACAGAAGGCAUCAACAGCGGAGUGUCCAGGCAUGUGGGGGAUGCGCUGAAAGGCCGUGCUUCACCACACCUGAGAAAGAUCUGUGCUGUUGGGAUUCCUCCAUGGGGUAUCAUUGAGAACCAGAGGGAUCUCAUUGGAAAAGAUGUAGUUUGCCUGUACCAGACUCUUGGUAAUCCACUCAGCAAGUUAAGUACCCUCAACAGCAUGCAUUCUCAUUUUCUAAUGGCAGAUGAUGGGACUGUAGGCAAGUAUGGGAAUGAAAUGAUGCUCAGGAGGAAUUUGGAGAAGUACAUAUCACUUCAGAAAAUACACACAAGAAUGGGCCAAGGUGUACCUGUAGUUUGUCUGGUGGUGGAAGGAGGUCCCAAUGUGAUCCUAAUGGUGUGGGAGUACGUGAGGGCCAGCCCAGCUGUCCCUGUGGUGGUCUAUGAGGGCACUGGCAGAGCUGCAGAUAUCCUGGCUUUUACCCACAAACACACGGGUGAUAGAGGGGAGCUGCACCCUCAAGUGAAGGAGGAGGUCUUAGUGAUGAUUCAAAACACAUUUAGCUUGGGACAGAAACAGUCCAGUCACCUGUUUCACAUUCUGAUGGAAUGCAUGGAGCACAGAGAGUCUAUAACCAUUUUUGAUGCGGAGUCAGAAGAUCAGCAGGACAUUGAUUUGGCAAUCCUGACUGCACUCUUGAAAGGUACAAAUAUGUCUGCAUCAGAUCAGCUAGAUUUGGCUUUGGCCUGGAACCGGCUAGAUAUUGCCAAGAAACACAUAUUGGUUUAUGGACAACACUGGAAGGUUGGUGCCUUGGAACAGGCAAUGCUGGAUGCUUUAGUGAUGGACCGUGUGGAUUUUGUGAAACUGUUAAUAGAGCAUGGAGUGAACAUGCACCGUUUUCUUACCAUAUCUCGUUUGGAAGAACUCUACAAUAUAAAACAAGGACCAUCAAAUCUACUUCUGCAUCACUUAGUUCGAGAUGUGAAACAGAAUACCCUUUCCUUGGAUUACAAGAUAUCACUGAUUGAUAUUGGGCUGGUGAUAGAGUACCUCCUUGGUGGAGCUUAUCGGAGCAGCUACACAAGGAAGAAUUUCCGAAUUCUCUACAAUGAUCUCUACAGAAAACACAAGAGAGUGCUCUCCAGCUUUUCUCAAAGCCUGUCUCAUUCCCUUCAUCAGAGUAAUCAGACAGGUAGCAGCAUGGGAUCUGCUGAAAAUACUUUGCAUUCGCAGUUCUUCAGAACAGCACAGCCUUACAAAUGCAAGGAAAGAACCACUGCUUUUCAUAAGUGUAAGAAGAAAUCAAAAGAGGAUAUAAACUUUGCAGAGAACUAUGAGUCAUCUGGCUUUAUCUACCCCUAUAAUGACCUCCUGGUUUGGGCAGUAUUAAUGAAAAGGCAAAAGAUGGCAAUGUUCUUCUGGCAGCAUGGAGAGGAAGCCAUGGUCAAAGCAGUUGUGGCUUGUAAACUCUACAGGGCAAUGGCACAUGAAGCUAAACAGAGCAACAUGGUGGAUGACACUUCAGAAGAACUCAAGAAGUACUCAAAGGAAUUUGGGCAGCUUGCUUUAGAUGUUUUAGAGAAAGCAUUCAAACAAAAUGAGCAGAUGGCUAUGAAGUUGCUGACCUAUGAACUGAAAAACUGGAGCAACUCAACUUGCUUAAAACUAGCAGUGUCCGUGGGGCUGCGGCCUUUCGUAUCCCAUACUUGCACACAGAUGCUGCUGACCGAUAUGUGGAUGGGACGCCUGAAGAUGCGGAAGAACUCCUGGUUUAAGGUCAUUAUGAGUAUUCUCCUGCCUCCCACCAUCUUGAUGCUGGAGUUUAAAAGCAAGGCAGAAAUGUCUCAUGUGCCUCAGUCUCAAGACUUCCACCAGUUCACAUGGUAUCAUGGGGAUCAGAGCCCAGCCAGCUCUAAAGAUGUUUUGUCUCUGAAGGAUUAUGAUGUGGAGAAGAUUGCUCAGAAGUCUGAUGAGAGCCGAGUAGAUGGAAACCUGCCGGGCACUAGAAAAAUCUAUGAGUUCUACAACGCACCAAUUGUCAAGUUCUGGUUUCACACGAUGGCAUACAUGGCAUUUCUCAUGCUUUUCACUUACACUGUGUUAGUGAAGAUGGAACCAAGACCAAGUGUGCAAGAGUGGCUUGUUAUCAUUUAUAUUUUCAGCACUGCUAUUGAAAAAGUCAGGGAGGUAUUUAUCUCAGAACCUGGAAAAUUCCGCCAAAAAGUGAAGGUCUGGAUUUAUGAAUACUGGAAUUUUACUGAUUCUGUAGCUAUCGUCCUGUUUAUGAUUGGUUUUGGCUUGCGUUGGUCUGACCCCCCUGUUCAAACUGCAGGGAGACUACUUUACUGCUUGGAUAUAAUAUUUUGGUAUACUCGCCUCCUUGAUCUUUUUGCUGUGAAUCAGCAUGCUGGCCCAUACCUGACAAUGAUUGGGAAAAUGACAGCAAAUAUGUUCUAUAUUGUGGUCAUGAUGGCCAUAGUCCUGCUGAGUUUUGGAGUGUCACGAAAGGCAAUCCUUUCACCAGAGGAGCCUCCUUCUUGGUCUCUGGCACGAGAUAUUGUAUUUCAACCCUACUGGAUGAUGUUUGGUGAAGUAUAUGCUGGAGAAAUAGAUGUCUGUGAAACCAAUGAAGACUGUCCUCCCGGCUCCUUCCUCACGCCAUUCCUCCAAGCUGUCUACCUCUUUGUGCAGUACAUCAUCAUGGUCAACUUGCUUAUUGCUUUCUUUAAUAAUGUUUAUUAUGAUUUGAAAUCCAUAUCGAACAAGCUCUGGAAGUACAACCGGUACCGCUACAUUAUGACCUAUCAUAAGAAGCCAUGGCUGCCUCCACCUUUCAUCCUCCUCAGCCACAUUGGACUUCUGAUAAACCGCCUUUUCCACCGUCGGCCGCCAAAUGAGCUGGAUCAAGAGGAAGGCGAUGUUGGGCUAAAGCUAUACCUGAGUGAUGAAGAGUUAAAGAAACUACAUGACUUUGAGGAACAGUGCGUGGAAAAAUAUUUUCAUGAGAAGAAUGAAAGCCUGAGUUCCAGUGACAGUGAAAGGAUCCGUCUGACAACAGAAAGAGUGGAGGAGAUGUUUCUGCAGCUUAAAGAAGUGCAUGAGAAGGUAUUUUAUAUCAAGGAGUCUUUACUCUCCCUGGACAGCCAGCUAGGACAUUUGCAAGACCUGUCUGCUUUGACAGUGGACAUCCUGAAAGUGCUUUCAGCUGUAGACACCUUACAGGUGGAAGAAGCCUUACUGGCUGACACAAAACAUCGAACCUGUAGGAAGCUGCCCCAUAGCUGGAGCAAUGCACUUUAUUCCAAGACCUUGAGCAGCCUGGAAUGUUUGUAUGACAAGAAGUACCACUACUACAGCAUGCCACCCUCCCUCUUACGGAGCUUGGUAAGGAGUCAGUGGCCAUCAGAGUGCAAAGACAAUGUAUUGAGGACCAAGAGUAAGGAGGUGGUAGAGGACAGCUCUCAAAAGAUAGAAAUGGAAAGUGACACAGUCACUUCAGGAAUAUCCUCUGAGACUAAGUCAACCCCUAGAUAUGGACAGUUUUUGCUGGUGCCCCCAGACCAUCAGGGAGGGUCUUUCCCUGAGGAUGUCAGCUUAAAUUUGUCCUUUUUGAGCACUCCUGCCAAGUACAGGGGUGAUGCAUUCAGAGAUGAACUGCAAAGUAGCACUGUGGUGCAGCAAAACUUGCAGAGUGUCAAUCUCAUUGGAAAAGAGCCAGAAGAUUAUCAAUGGAGCCAGAGAGACUUUGUUACUCAUUUGCAAUCAGAAGAGACUAAUGCUGUAGGGGCUGAUCAUCCUCUUGGUCUCCGGCCAUUGCUGGAUAUUGAAGAGAGUGCAGUACCCUCCUGCGAUGACAGGGAAGAAACUGAAGGUGGUUAUGUGAACUGGGGAUUCUCUGAAGGUGAUGAAAAAGGGGUUUUCAGCUCAGGAAAGAAAAAAAAGAAGGCCUUGUGCAUACAUUCCACCUAUAACAGCGACUGCAAUUGCACAGGUAGUUCUCCCAGGCAUGUCCAGAUAAGAGAAUCAAAGUCCUUCUCCUACAACGCCGACAGGUCAUGUCACAGCAGCAUCAUCUCUCAGAACAAGCUAAAACGUAGCACCUCCUUCUGGAUCAGCCCACUCUGGAGAGACUGGAGUUUCCGCAGGACCAACAGCUUACAGUCUCCUAAGAAAGAGAAAAGAGGGGAAACCUGCAAAGCAAUAGGUGAGUCUUUAGGACCUGGUGAGCUACACUACAAUGAGGCAACAAAAGCAAAACAACAAAACAGAGACAUAAAGUCUGGGAGAGGAAAGAAGAAUCAAAAACCCCUCCAGGUGCCGGUGAUUAGAGUGGAUGAUUGUCCCCAGAACACCCAAGUGAGCUCAGAGCCUGCAGAGAUCAGUGUCUGGGAUGAGCAAGAGAAACACAGCAAGAACUGGCUCACUGUGUCUAAUUUCAGUCAGCUAAGUUUGGAACGUUUCAGUUACAUACAUGAGAAAAUAAAAAAUCAAGACAUCAGCAGGCACACCAUACCAUUCUGUGAUUACCUGAGGCAUUCUCAAGAGGAUUUAAGUAAUAACAUAUUUGGAACCACCAGGAAAAGUAAUCUGAACAGGAAUUCCUCGUUGAGAACUUCAGAGGAAACUGACAAUAUCUUUUCCUGCUUGAAAACAUCUCAAGACCUGCAUCAUCACUACUCAGCUGUUGAAAGAAACAACUUAAUGAGGCUUGCUCAGACCAUACCAUUCACACCAGUCCAGCUCUUUGCUGGAGAGGAAGUGACAGUCUAUCGACUAGAGGAAAGUUCACCUAUGAACCUUGAUAAAAGCAUGUCUUCCUGGUCCCAGCGUGGUACAGCUGCAAUGAUCCAAGUCUUGUCACGGGAGGAGAUGGAUGGGGGUCUGCGGAGGGCCAUGAAGGUCAUUUGUACUUGGUCUGAGAAUGAUGUACUGAAGUUGGGACAAGUAUUUAUUGUGAAGUCUUUUCUGCCAGAGGUGGUUCAGACUUGGCAAAAGAUCUUUCAUGAUGGCACAGUGUUACAUCUCUGCCUGAGGGAGAUCCAGCAGCAAAGGGCUGCCCAGAAGUUAAUCUAUACCUUCAAUCAAGUGAAGCCUCAUAAUAUUCCCUAUACUCCAAGGUUCCUGGAAGUUUUCCUCAUCUACUGCCAUUCAGCGAACCAGUGGCUGACCAUUGAGAAGUACAUGACUGGCGAGUUUCGGAAAUACAACAACAACAAUGGAGAUGAGAUUACUCCCAGCAGCUUGCUGGAAGAGCUAAUGCUGGCCUUCUCUCACUGGACCUACGUAUACACCCGUGGGGAGCUCCUUGUCCUGGAUUUGCAAGGUGUUGGGGAAAACCUUACAGAUCCAUCUGUGAUUAAACCUGAAGACAAAAAAUCUGGAAAGAUGGUGUUUGGACCGGCAAACCUAGGAGAAGAAGCUAUAAGAAACUUCAUCACAAAGCAUCGUUGUAACUCUUGCUGCAGGAGGCUGAAACUUCCUGAUUUAAGAAUAAGUGAGUACACACUGGAAGGGGUUGGUCCAGCCUUCGAAGUAGAAAUGGAGACAAGCACCAGAGGAGCUGACGAUGCAGACGAGCCUUUGGAGUAUGACACGCGACUGUGAAGUGGUGGCUGUAAGCAAAGCCCAUGUGUUUGCGUGCUCGAAAACCUGCCCCUUAUCACCGCCAUGGGUCAGUCCAAAAGAAUAGAACGCAGGUGUCUGCAGCAGAGGACAUCCCUUAGCUGGAUGAACUGUCUCAUCAGUGCCCUUUUUUUUUCCUUUUUCCUUUUGAAAUGUGGAUUGUGGUUCCAAACUGUGCUUUCUUAGGAAAAUGAUUGUGACAAGCAUAUUUCCAAGGAAGGGGGAGUGAUUUGAUGUUUCUCCCUCUCCUCUUUAGUGAAUAACUGUAUGUACACAUACAUGUAAAUCAUACAUUUUCAGAGGUAGAGCCUGCUCAGCCCCAUGCUCACCUUUCCCUGGGCAUAGGAGGCUCUCCAGGAAAUUGCAGAAAUAUUACUUUCUCUUUAUUUUUGUUUUUGAUGCAGGGACAAACCAAGAAUAUAUCAGUAAUGAAUUAGUGGUUUAAACAAUAUUCGCUGAUAUAGCAGGUAGACUGAAAAGUUUCACUGGCUCUUCACCUUGAAUUCUUUUCACAUACGAAGAACAACUUGAACAAUGAAAGGUUAGAUUAUUGGACCCAUAUUUUCUAUUUAUGAAAUUGAUAAAUCUAUGGUUUUUAAUACAAGCAUAAAGAAUAACCUGGAACGUGAUUCAAAUUUUAACUAGGGCCUGCUUUUCUUUAUAGUAUUUUAGCUUCACAAUGUUUUAAAGAUGUAAUUGGCAACAAAGAUUUUGGAAGUCUCAAAGAAUAACUUGUUCCAUUUAGUAUUUAACUUCUUGUUGUGAAUGUCAGGCUAUACAUGGGACUUCCGUCUAACGGUGGUGCAAUUAUGUAUAUGCUGUUUCUAUUGAUGUAAUCUGAUUUCAGUAGAAGUUCACAAUUAUGUGCAAUAAGAUUUUUCUAGAUAAAGAUUGAAAUGAAAUGCUCAGCACAAACAUCUCUAAUAAAAUUAGUGUUGUAUUACAGAUCACAUCUAUCAUUAAAGCAACUUUGUACUUUUGUAUUGAGUAGAAAUACCUAAUGUUGAAAUGUAAGUCAACAGAAAACUUUAUACUUGAAUAAGAAACAAAAUAAUAUUCCCACCAUAGCUGAUAGUAAAUUUUAAUUUGUAAGGGGGGUAUUUGUUAUAAGGUAUCAUUUAUUUGGUAUAUCUAGAAACUAUUUAUGUACACACAGAAGUAGAAGUUAUAAGCUCCCAGUUUUUAUAUUGUUUAUGAUACUGAUGAUGGCAUUGAAGUCAUCACCUAUACUGUGUUCAGCUGAGAUGCCUUCAGUUCCUGAGAGCAUCCUGAAGAGAUUCUUCUUGCUUUUUAUAUUUUUAAAAAGAGUUUUAUAGGGUUAUUUUUGUGGAAAACAUCCACCUUUCUCCUAUUAGAUUAUACUAUUAAUUUUACAAAAAAUGUACUUCCCUUUGGCUUUUUUGGAAGCAAUUCAAUUUAUCAGAUGGCUUAACUUGUCUGUGAAAGAGUUUGCUUAAUUGCGUCUCUACAGAAUGAUGGUGGAUUUUGAUCCCUUUGCUGGUAAGGUAGUAGUUCUGCUUCUAGUGAUUAUCAUCUUAAAAUUUGGAUUUAGGGAGAUAUGUGCUUAUAUGCAUACCUACAUACUUUAAAGACAGAACUUUUUUCUAAAGGAUCUCUAACUGUUAGUAUGCCUUUAAAUUGAGUUAAGUUAAAUGACACAUAUAUAUAUCUUUAAAGCCAAGGACAAUUUAAGUCCUGCCCUGGUAGUGUUGUUUUCCUCAAUCAUUGCCAUAAAUUCUGAACACACAUACAUUGGACACAAAAAAUAAACUCCAUACCAGGCUGGGCCUGAGUACCUGUUGUUUCUUUUUAAGUUUUGAAGAUAUGAAGAUAUACAUAAGUCAUACUUGGGGUGAUCUUUUCUUGAUAGCUCUCCUGUUGCGUUCAAGAGUGAGUGGCUACUGCAUUCACAGCAAUACCUGUGAGAAUUUUUGCAACAUAAAGUUCAGUGUAGAUUCAUCUUACUCCUUGUUAUGUACCCAUAAAGGUACAUACUAUCCUUCCCUCAAAUCUGUGAUCCUUGCAAGAUACUAACCUGUGUUAAAAUAUGGUUUAGCAACCUGUUUGAUAUUUAAUUUUGCUCAAUGUGAAGUAUUGAUGUGAUGAAACAAGACAAGGAGGCAUUUGAAACUCUUCCAUUAUAUACUUGUAUCCUAGCAUUAAUUUUUCCAUGCAUGGAGACACUAAGUUGAAAAUCCCAGUGAUUCUGCUGGUUAAUUAAUUUUGCCUCACCUUUCUUUUUGCACUUUGUUGGGAGGGCUGAUUCACAUUUAACUAAACUGUAAAUUUGGGUAUUUGGGUGAAGACCUUUCCUCAUCAACUUUGUCAUAAUUCAGUAAUAAAUUAUAGUGAAAAUAAUGUGAAAAGAUUAUUUUUAUUUCUUUUGAGUCCUUGGUGUCUUUCUUACUACAAAUUCUGUACAUUAUUUAAAUUGUCUUUUGGUAUCUAAAUACUGACCUCAAAUUGAAGCCCAUGCCCACUGAAAACAUGAAAAAAACCCAUCAGCCUAUAACAGGAACAACAAUAAGCUCCAUACUAAAAUUAUGGUGCAUGUGGAAUGAAAGAUAUGCAGGACAGGGUUCUUUCUCUAGCUGCUUGACAGCUAGUGUGGAAGAGAAAAUCUUGCAUGUCAAACCGUAAGGUUUUCUGAUUAUUAGUUUCAAUGUUCGUUUUUGCUUAAAAGCACAUUCAUGAAUUUAUUUUAUACUUUGGGUGGGUUCAGGAAAAAAAGUCCUGCUUACUUUGCUCAAAUAAGUCAGGCAGUACAAUUCUGAAAAAAGUCAAAACCAAAGGAUUUAUAAACUCACAUUUUAAUAAGAGCUUAAAAGAAGCUUACUUACAAAUUCAGUUGAGACUACUCAAAGCAAAAUGUGUUUCUGGCAGCUACUGCUUGGAGAAGUAGCUUAAACAUGUGAAAAAUAUUCAGAAAUUGCAAACGUCAUUCUCAGGAAGGCGUUUUUUCAUUUCUUUUAUUCAUAGUUAUGUAUUCAGGGUUAUUCAUUUAUUGUUAGUGCAAUAAAGACAGAAAGGAUAUUACAUCUAUUUUUUCUAGAAAUAGAUUUGUAUUUGUUGUGGUUUUGUCAAACUAUUUCAUACUGUUUCAAAAGAAUAAAAC